UUGGGCAGAUGUUGUUUUAAGUCAUAAAUCGAUUAUUUUGGAAAUUUUUGUGUGAAAAGGAAAGAAAGAACGAAUAAUAAAAGAAAUUGGUAGAAAAUUGAAAAUCAAUCGUUAAUAAAAUAAAAAAAAAGUGAAAAAAUGAUCAAACGAUGGCUUGCGAUAUUUUCUUCCUUGGCUUACCAUAUUAGUGGCUAUGACAAUCAGGCGAUUCAAACUUACACCGCAGCGGUAGUCGAAUUUAAUCCGGUUUCGAUUGGCGACACUUUCACGAAUGUUGCUCAGGUCACAACUCAAGCGAUCGAAAUUAUUGAAUCGGAUGAAUUAAAUGGAGCAGAUAUUGUUGUAUUACCCGAAGGAAUUUUUAAUCGUCAAAAUACAGCUUCAUAUCUACCAAAUACCAAUGAUUCAUAUUGUGAUCAUGAGAAUGUUGACAUGGUACUACGGAAUAUUUCAUGUGCCGUCCGCAAAGCGAACAAGUAUGUUGUCAUCAAUUUAUAUGUUAAAAUAAAUUGUGAAUUCGACGAUCAGCCAUUCUGUUCAAACCAAACCGAUUCCACGAAUCUCUACAAUAUGGCUGUCGUCUUUGAUCGAAGAGGUGAUGUGGUGGCCAGAUAUCGAAAAUACAAUUUAUUCAACGAAGACGGAGUUCAACAGACCGAAAUGCCCGAUUUAAUUACAUUCGCAACGGAUUUCAAUGUUACAUUUGGAAUAUGCGUUUGCUUUGAUUUGAUGUUUGAUCAACCGGUGAUUAAUUUGGUGCAUAAAGGAGUGACAAAUUUUAUUUAUCCAACGAUGUGGUUCUCAGAAAUACCUUAUUUAUCAGCCACUCAGUACCAGCAAAGUUGGGCUUAUGCAAAUAAUGUUAACUUAUUAGCAGCCAAUGUAAAUGCACCCAACAUACAAUGUUCGGGCAGUGGUAUUUAUCAUGGACGGUCGGGUGCAUUACAAGUGUUCAUCAGUGAAUUGCCCAUGAGAAAAAUUCUCAUCGCAAAUGUUCCCGUUGAUUUGCCAAAAAAUCAUUUGACGGCGAGUACCGAGCGAAAAAAUUCAGAAUCAAAUAAUAAACUACAAAAAACUCGUUCGAUUUCUGCCCAAAAUAUUGAUUCUAGCCCAUUGGACGGAGAUUUAUUUGGUACUUCGAAAGAUAAAUUUUCAUAUGCAAUCGAUUUGGGUCAGGAUGACUUAAGUGAUUAUACCGUAAAAUUUUUGAACUUCUCUACAAGUUCCUAUCAAGUGGGAAGCGUUUGUAACAAUGCCAUUUGCUGUAAUUAUACGGUUGAAAUUGACGAUAACGGAGAACAUGAAGGAAAAUUCUCAUAUUCAUAUGCGAUAUCAGUGUUUAGUGGUCAGCGUGGCCACAAACCAAUCAACGAUUUAUUCACCGGUCAAGACGUGUGCAGUUUGAUCGCAUGCAUCGAAAUGAACUCGAAGGACUCAUGUGGAUUGAGAUUACCAUUGCAACAAGUACAAAAUCGAUAUAAUUUUAAGAAAUUAUUUUUGGAAACCAUGUUACCAAUCACUUCUAUGAAUGUUAUGCCAAACACACUCACACAAGAAUUAUUGCCGCUCAAAACAACCGAAUUUGAUUACAAAUUGUCCGAAAUUCAAGAGCAAGACAAAUAUGUGGUGACGUUAAAUUUGAAUACACCAAAAUCAAAUCUUCUAACAUUUGCAUUAUUCUCUCGGAACUUUGACAAAGAUAUGUUUGUGAAGGGUACAGCAAUGGCAGAAGGUAUUUACAUCUUUGUAUUAUGUAUCUUAUCAAGCUUUGUUUGGAUGAUGUCAAAUGCCGAUAGAUUUUAUUUAUUUAAUAUAUAUAAGGUAAAUUUGAUGAAAUUUGGGUCAUCACAAAAAUAAAACAUUUAA